AUGAAUUCAAAUGUUGUGAAAAAAGGAUACAUUUCUGUUAAGGAAGAUGGUUUAAGAGCCUUUUUGUGGUCAAAAAGAUGGUUAUUAUUAAGAGAACAAACUUUAACAUUCCAUCGUAACGAGAGGUCUCCACUUAGCGGUGUCUCAAAUCCAACAAAUUUUGUUCAUAAUGUACAUGUAGGCUUUGAUCCAGUCAGUGGGAUGUUUACGGGAAUGCCUGAACAAUGGACAAAACUUUUGACGACCUCAGCUAUAACGAAAGAAGAUUAUGAAAAAAAUCCACAGGCUGUUUUAGAUGUUUUAGAAUUUUAUACAGAGAAUCAGAAAAGAGAACGUGAAGAAUUCAAUGACCAUGGUUUUUUAGGACCAAUUCCAGGACUUACAAACAAUCCUGAUGAUAAAUGGGCUGAUCUUUUACCAAGAAAUAACAAUAUGCCACAAAAGAUUCAAAUAACAGAUGUAACGGAUCCUUCCAGGAAAAUGUAUUAUGAUGACAAUCAUCCAGUUAAUCCACAAAAUCGUCCACCAAUUACUCCAAGGCCACCAAAUACUCUGAGCUCAAAUACUUUACGAGCACCACCAAGUCCAAAUCCUUCUAUUUCAACCCCUUCAUAUCAACAACAUCAACAACAUCAAUCUUCUCAUUCACAAACAUCUCAAUAUUCAUCAGACAAUUAUAACAAUCCUCAACAAUCACAUAUCUCGCAUCAAAAUUCUAAAAUUCAAAAGAAACCAGAAAGAAGAAUUAGCACAAUGACAGAAGCGCAAAUUAUGGAAAAAUUGAGAUCUGUCGUAUCACAAGGUGAUCCAACAUCAUUAUUCAGUAAAAUCAAAAAAGUUGGUCAAGGUGCUUCUGGUUCAGUUUAUGUUGCUAAAUCUCAUAAAACUAGUUCAAAAGUUGCUAUAAAACAAAUGGAUCUUUCGCACCAACCACGAAAAGAACUGAUUGUAAAUGAAAUUCUUGUAAUGAAGGAAUCUCAACAUCCAAAUAUUGUAAAUUACCUUGAUUCAUAUUUGGUAAAAAAUAGUGAACUUUGGGUUGUGAUGGAGUAUAUGGAAGGUGGUGCUUUAACAGAUGUGAUUGAUAAUAACACAUUAGAGGAAGAUCAAAUUGCUACCAUAUGCUUUGAGACUUGUAAAGGACUUCAACAUCUUCAUGGACAGAAUAUCAUUCAUCGUGAUAUUAAAAGCGAUAAUGUCUUAUUAGAUGCAUAUGGUCAUGUAAAAAUAAAAAAUGAACCACCAUAUUUAGAUGAAGAACCAUUGAAGGCUUUAUAUUUAAUUGCUACAAAUGGAACUCCAACUUUAAAAAAGCCAGAUAAAUUAUCUCGUGAACUUAAAAGCUUUUUAGCUGUUUGUUUGUGUGUAGAUGUUAAGAGUAGAGCAACAGCUUUAGAGCUUUUAGAUCAUGACUUUCUUAGAAAAUCUUGUCCGCUAUCAGAUCUUGCACCUUUACUUAAAUUCAAGACUGGGAAAUAA